AAAUGUUUCCAUAUGCUGUUAUCCGAUCUGCAACACGGUUACGGUUGAUUAACGUUGUUUAUCCAUUGUCGCGCCCGCCUGGCGAGUUGCCCUGUUCGCCUGUAGCUAACCAUGGCUGAAGCGAUGUUUUUUAGCCCCGAGUGUCUAGCCAGCCUGCUAACUGACAGGCUGAGUGGCCAGGCGGCGAGUAAGCGCCUGUUUUGUCACCUCGACAGUCUGGAUGGGCGAUGUUAAGUGUAGUUAUAUGUGAGUGAUUACGAAAAACAAAUGAAUGAUUGUGCUUAACAUUGGAGACAACACCCAGGCCAGAUUCAUUGAUAUUUUCAAAGCGGUCAGACCAGAAUCAUGUGAUUUUUCUAAAUGUCCAUGGAAACAGCUGACUAAAGUUUACAGCUAUCCCACCGGUUUUCCUUUGUAGAAGUCCCAGAGGAAGCAGUGCUGGAAAUCACUUGGAUUACGCCUUUUCUGAUGUUAAUAGAUCCACAAUUCAUCCGCUGAUGACCACAUCUGAAGCCAAUCCUGAGUUGUGAGUCAGCAGAGGGGAAGCUGGGCUGAUGACAAGCAUGACAUUGAGCCAAGCCACAGAUGCAUGUCCACUCAAAAGGCCCAACUCAGCACUCUUCCCAUCCGCUUUCCGGCUUUCAACCAGUCGCUCAGAGAGGGGGUGUUGACGGGGCGUAGCUAGUCCCCUGCACCCCCAAGUAGAACCUCACUGUGAAGCUGGAGGUCUCUGAUGGAUCAGGGUAGUAGUGAGCAGAGUCCAGAGGAGACGGACACAGGAGGCCGAGCGGAGCCGGAGGUCGGCAGGAGGGCGUCUGAGUCAGAGCAUGGCUUGUCCAAAAUCACCCACAAUGCCCUGGAGAACAUGGGAGCGUUGGGAGUAUUAGGCCAUGGCCUGAAGCAGUUCUUCCAGCCACAGCGCAGACGCUCCUCUGUUUCCCCACAUGACUCUGUCUCGUCCUGCACAGGUGCCCCUCCCUCCGAAACCACUGAUGUAGGGUCAGAAGUAGGGGACGCUCCAGCCACCUUGGCCCUCCCUUUGGAUUCUGAUAACCCUUCCGCCCCUCCCGCAGCUCUGAGCCGUGUUCUGCAGCAGAUCCGAGGUGCUCCACCAAUUAUGAAGCGAGGCUCCAGCCUGCAGAGCCGCCGCAGCAAGGUGGGGGGCACUGGGGAUCCUCCCCAGAAAGGUAGCCCACAGAUCCACCGGCGAAGCACCCAUGAAGCCCUUCUGCAGGCUGGACGCCCACGCUCCUCCUCGACCACAGAUACACCCAGCAGCCCAGCUCUAGUUGACAUGCUGCUGACCUCUGGUUACCAAUCAACUGAGGAGCCUGACAAGCAGAUGGAUCAUUAUGAUGGAUCAGGCCCUGCUGUGUCACCCAAUGCCCUCCCCUACGGUGCAGAUGGGUAUGAUGUAGUGGACAGUACCCCAGACCCCCAGCGAACUAAGCAGGCCAUUGCCCAACUACAACAGAAGAUCCUCAAACUCACUGAACAAAUCAAAAUUGAACAAACUGCACGUGAUGACAACGUGGCUGAAUACCUGAAACUUGCCAAUAAUGCAGACAAACAGCAGAGUGCACGCAUCAAGCAGGUGUUUGAGAAGAAGAACCAAAAGUCAGCGCAGAGUAUCCAGCAACUGCAGAGGAAGCUGGAGCAUUACCACCGGAAACUUCGAGAGGUGGAGCACAACGGCAUCCCUCGCCAGCCCAAAGAUGUUUUCCGAGACAUGCACCAGGGGCUGAAAGAUGUCGGAGCCAAGGUGACAGGGGGCCUCUCCAGUUUUUCUCAAGCCACUCAUUCUGCAGCCGGAGCCGUGGUGUCUAAGCCGAGAGAAAUCGCCUCACUUAUCCGCAACAAGUUUGGCAGUGCUGAUAACAUUGCAGCCCUGAAAGACUCCUUGGAUGAAAACCAUGGAGAUGAAGGUGUUGGCCCUGGGGGAACGAGGAUCCUUGGAACCGGACAGAUGCAGUCCAGCCCAAAGUAUGGCAGUGAUGAGGAUUGUUCUAGCGCUACUUCUGGCUCUGCAGGAGCCAAUAGCACGACUGGAGCCCCUGGAGGCCCUCCUAGUUCCAAAGGCAAUACCCUUGAUCAUGCCCAGGCCUCAGGCUUUGAUGCUAUACUCCAUGAGAUCCAAGACCUCCGGGAAAACCAAGGUCGACUGGAGGAGUCCUUUGAAAACUUAAAAGCCCACUAUCAGCGGGACUACACAUUGAUCAUGGAGGCCCUGCAAGAGGAACGAUACAGGUGUGAACGUUUAGAAGAACAGCUCAAUGACUUGACGGAACUGCACCAGAAUGAAAUACUAAACUUGAAACAGGAACUAGCCAGCAUGGAGGAGAAGAUUGCUUAUCAGUCUUAUGAAAGAGCGAGGGACAUUCAGGAGGCACUGGAGGCAUGUCAGACACGGAUCUCCAAGAUGGAGCUGCAGCAGCAGCAACAGCAGGUGGUCCAGCUCGAGGGUUUGGAGAACGCCACAGCGCGGACUCUACUUGGAAAACUUAUCAAUGUGCUCCUAGCUGUUAUGGCAGUCCUUUUGGUGUUUGUAUCCACGGUGGCUAACUGUGUUGUCCCCUUAAUGAAAACACGCAGCCGCACGUUUUCUACGCUGCUCCUCGUAAUCCUCCUUGCCUUUCUCUGGAGGCACUGGGAGGCCAUUUCAGAGUAUCUGCAUCGCUUUCUUCUGCACCCAAGAUGACCGGCUUGGAGAGGCUUAUUUAUAUGAUGAAGGGACAAAGGCUUUGGGGCUGAUGUGUAAAGGGAGGACACUGACCCAUACAGGGAGUUGAAUCUCACUAGUCCUAUCUUUUGUUCCUUUUUAGCAGAUUUUUAAAAACACUCAGAAGGUUUGCAUCUGAGGUUUGUCACUUUAUCACUUUCUGAAAUGUGUUUUGAGAAGAAUAAAACAGAGUAUAAGGGAAGAAAAGGCUGGAUGUUUGGUAUUGACUUUGCUUUCUUUGGUUUAAUUGUGACGCAUAGUGUAAGGGUGAAUGGGGUUUAUGUAGAUGAAGGAGGGGCUAAGAGAACUGCACACUUGAUUUUUUUUCUUUUGAGUGAAUUUGUUUACAUGUGGAAAACAUUGCAUUGUUUCCCCACAGAAUAAAUUGUAAUGCAGUUUUAUUACUUAUGAUCUGAUUUUAAGUGGUAUUGUUUUGAAGUCACUGCUAUUGUUAUUACAGCUGAUUGAUGGCUUUUUAUUUGUAUUUUAACUGUAAUGAGCUGACCGUUUUCUGCUGAUUUAGUUGUCCAUAUUAUUUGUUUGUAAGUUCUCUCUCUUCUGGUCUUGCCUGGUUUCACAGUCUACUCCUUCUUUUCCCUUUACUCAAUCUUUUUGAAUUUUAGCUUGUGUGACCAACUCUUCCUCUCCAUGAAUACUGCCCUUUGAAGAAUGGGGUGCUUGCACAUCAGCUACAUUGCUCUGGAAUCAGACUUGUCACUGGAUCAAAUAAUAGUGGAUUGUUAACUUGUUUCUUGUGGAUGUGCGAAGUCAACAACACUGGUUCUGCCACAACCAGGAUAUUGCUAUCAAGAACGAAGUUUAGAGUUGCAACCCUGCCCUCAGGCCAACUAUCCUGGUGACUUUUCCACUGCAGAAGAAUAAUCUAUGAACUGAAUUAACAUACUUGAAGAGCGGUUAAAGUGCUCAAAGACUCAGUGCUUCCGUACUGUUUCUAUUAGUGACAAUGAAAUAGUUAUACUUUUUAGUUGAUUUAUUUUUUAUUUUUUAAAGACAAAUAAAUUUGCUGUUUUAAAAGGUGAAAUUGAAA